ACACUAGUGCUCACUCUUCCUUCUCUAUCUUUUUUCCUAUUUUUUAUUUUAUUUUAUUUUAUUUUAUUAUUAAGAAUUAAAAAAUAGAUAAAGCAUCAGCAUCAUCAGCAUCAGCAUCAUCUUCUACCACAGUUUGAAUCUUUCGGAUCUUGUUGGCCGGACUCGGAUCCCCCAUUCCUCAGAUCUCUGAACCCACGAUGCCAUUCGGCUCUUGACAGUGACACCUCAGGUAUGCUGUUUUUACAUAUCACUCCCAUCUUUCUUUCUUCAAGUGGCUUGCUUGAAUGAUGGAUCCAAGCAACCUUUUGCCAGCUGAUGGACUUGAUGAAGUCCACCAAAAUGGUGUUCAUGACGAACUGUCUAAUGGAAAGGAUGGUGUUGCUUCCAAUGUAGACCCUGUUUUAACCAAAAUUAUAGAAACUGCAGCUCAGAAUGGAAAUUUCGAAAAUUUCAAUCAGUCUGAUAGCACUGUAACUGAUUACUCAUCCAAGGCAGAAAUCGAAGAAGGAUCAAAUGACAAUGUAGAUGGAAACAAUGUCAUCAUUUCUAAGGAAGAGGAAGUGGAAAUCAUAGAUCGGACAGGACAAUUAAAAGCAGGAAAAGUGUCCUUCAAGAAUAAGAAUGUAAAGCCACCAAGCCCCAGAGGUGUUCAUGCGAGUUCAAUAAAAAAGAGCAAAGAUGGAAAAGAUGAAGAGGUAGCAUCUGCUGUUUCAAAUGGUAGUUCUGCUUUGGACUCUCACCCAAGACAGCCUAUUAAAAACAGAUCAUUGAAUGACAAGCAGACUCGAUUGUUGAAGCUCCCUGGAAAGUUAAAUGCAGCACCUUCUGAAGCAUCAAUGGAGAAGACUAGACCACGCUUAUCAAAGAAAGGGCCCCUUGAUAAUCUUCAAGGAGAAGCAGAGUCUUCUUCUCCUACUGCAGAUGAAAAGCCUCGCAGGGUGGGGAUGCUCCCAAAUUAUGGAUUCAGUUUCAAGUGUGAUGAGCGAGCUGAGAGAAGAAAAGAGUUCUACACUAAGCUUGAGGAAAAGAUUCAUGCAAAGGAAGUGGAGGAGAGUAACCUGCAAGCAAAAACCAAGGAGACCCAAGAAGCUGAGAUUAAGAUGCUUAGAAAAAGUCUAGGAUUUAAAGCAACUCCAAUGCCAAGCUUCUACCAAGAGCCUCCUCCCCCUAGGGUGGAGUUAAAAAAGAUGCCAACUACAAGAGCAAAAUCUCCCAAGCUUGGUCGUAAGAAGAGUUCAACAUCUUCAGAGCCAGAAGGAAACACUAGCAGCAGUGCUCGACUAGGUCGUUUAAGUCUGGAUGAGAAAGUGUCUCAGACUAACCCCACUAAAGGAAUUACUCCUGCUCAUCAAAAGAAGCCACAGAGAAAGUCUCUUCCUCCGCGACUGACUUCUGAAAAGAUCAGUUCAUCCAAUUCAGCAUCUGUGCGGACCCCAUCUAAGGCAGUGAAUGAUAACAAAACCUCCUUAUCAAGUGUAACGACUGAAGUUUCCAUUGCAACAGGGGAAGAGAAAGUUGAAAUAGCUGCAGCCACUGAAGAGAACAAUGUCUUAUUGGAUGAGACUAGUAAAGCUCUGCCUCUGAAUGUAGAGCCAGGUGAAGCAGAAUCUCCUGUGAAUGGUGAUUUAGCCAUUGAAGAGAAACCACAGCUCGCGGCCUUGGUACAAGAACCGAUAGCAGCUGAGCACUAAGCAAACAGCGGAAAAAGAACCGAAUAUUAACUAUCAGAUCAAUUGAUUCGUCUGGUGAAUGUUAUAGAAGCAUAUGACUGGGAUUUUUUAACAAUGAAGGCUUGCAGAAUUUCUUUGUGGUUUGUGAUGUCAUUUUGUCCAAGCAGCAUUGUUUCUUGUGUUUGCUCCUAAAGCUUGCAGGUUUUGUCCUUUGAUUUCUUUCCUCCUUGAAGCAAUGUAUGUAACUAUUUUCCAGGUUGUUCUAGUUGAUGUUAUUUUAGCAUGUAACAUUUGUCUGUUUAGUUAAUAUGUUGGCGAAAAUUUUGAGAAAGUUUGCCAUCAGUGGUUCAAUCACAUUUUGAAACUAGCUGUUUGUGUUGUGGACACCCUUCUGAUGGAUGAGCCACAUGAGAUGAUUGUGUUACAGCUUUGCUUUUGUUAUGCAUCGAAUUCUGUUGUUACUAUCU